GUUUCAACCAUGGCUGAAGAACAACCACAAGUCGAAUUGUUCGUGAAGGCUGGCAGUGAUGGGGCCAAGAUUGGAAACUGCCCCUUCUCCCAGAGACUGUUCAUGGUGCUGUGGCUCAAAGGAGUCACCUUCAACGUCACCACUGUUGACACCAAGAGGCGGACAGAAACUGUGCAGAAACUAUGCCCGGGAGGGCAGCUCCCAUUCCUGCUAUAUGGCACUGAAGUGCACACGGACACCAACAAGAUCGAAGAAUUCCUAGAGGCUGUGCUGUGCCCUCCCAGGUACCCCAAGCUGGCAGCUCUGAACCCUGAAUCCAACACAGCUGGUCUAGACAUAUUUGCCAAAUUUUCUGCCUACAUCAAGAAUUCAAACCCAGCACUCAAUGAUAAUUUAGAAAAGGGGCUCCUAAAAGCUCUAAAGAUUUUGGACAAUUACUUGGUAUCCCCACUCCCAGAAGAAGUGGAUGAAACCAGUGCUGAGGAUGAAGGCAUCUCUCAGAGGAAAUUUUUGGAUGGCAAUGAGCUCACCCUGGCUGACUGUAACCGGUUGCCAAAACUCCACAUUGUUCAGGUUGUGUGUAAGAAGUAUCGCGGAUUCUCCAUCCCAGAACAGUUUAAGGGAGUGCAUCGGUACUUGCGAAAUGCAUAUGCUCGGGAAGAAUUCUCCUCCACUUGUCCAGAUGAUGAAGAAAUUGAGCUGGCUUAUGAGCAAGUGGCCAAAGCCCUCAAAUAA